AUGCCUGUUUCGGCAGCUACUCGCCGGCGCCUCAUCCGCCUCACCCAGGCUCUCGUUGGCGGCCCCAUCGUCGUCUUCGGAGGUCUCGCCCUGUGGACUCGAAAAUGUUCAUUUGAGCCUUUUGGACCAGACACCGACUCAUUAUUCAAGCAUCCGGUGUUGAAACAGCUCAAUCCUCGGUGUCUGCCCAGUAGUCAUGAUUCGUGUGUUAGAAGAGUGCCUUUUGGCCAGCUGAGGCCAGAGUUGCUGGAAGAUGCAAGACGAGGCGGGGGCGCGUUGGUACAGGAGUUUUCGAGAGGAAUGUGGGGGGGAUAUGGAUAUAGAAUACAGAGGCGAAUAAUGGAAUUUACAAAAGGUCCUGAGAAUGCUUCCGAUGUAUGGGCUCCUGAAGAGCUCGGACGGGACACAUUUGAGCCUGGAACUGUCCUCACGAACCACUUUCUUGUCCUGGAAAAGUCCCCAACGGAAUUGCUUUUUCGCGGCUGUCUCACUCCGAAAGAAACGCCAUUUCGACCCCGCGAUCUAGAUAACUUCUUUGCGCUCACUGCAGAAUUAAACGAGCAGCGGCAAGAGGCCGACUUUAGACUGAAAGCUAUAUCAUUCGACGCGGUGACAACGGCGCCGAAAGAGGAUCCGCUUGGAGGGGUGCCAGGAAUGCUGCAUAGGGUAUAUUCUAAGCUGUUGGUUGAGGCGGCGGUUGGAUGGUGCGUAAGGUGA